AUGGGUAACCUACCUGCUAGCCGUGUAAAUCCGGGGCGUCCGUUUGCACAGGCAGGUGUCGACUAUGCGGGUCCCUUUUCAAUUAAGAUCUCACGUAAUAAAACCGGAAAGGCUUAUCUAGCCGUGUUCGUAUGCAUGGCCACUAAGGCCACGCAUUUGGAAGUUGUAUCCGACUUGUCAGCUUCAGCCUUUAUCAAUGCUUUAAAACGCUUUAUAGCUCGACGUGAUACAAGUCAUAUUGAAGACUCUAGACCUAUUACACCUGUCUCUACGGACCCCUCUGAUUUGAAUGCUCUAAUGCCUGGCCAUUUUAUAAUAGGAGCGCCAUUGACGGCGAUACCAGAGCCCGACCUUGAGAAUGGACCUUUGAACCGCACAAAUGGAAGGAAGCGAUCAAAUCCCAAUCUCAAGGUCGGUGCUCUCGUGCUGAUCCGCGAUGAUAAUGCGCCACCCCUGCAGUGGAAACUAGGACGAAUAAUCCAAAUGUUCGAGGGAUCGGAUGGUCUAAUCCGCACAGUUGAGUUGGAAACUCCAUUAGGUGUAACUCAACGAGCUGUUCAGAAGAUUUGCGUACUGACCUUAGAGGAUUAA